AUGAUCGCCGACGGAGUUGAAGACGAAGAAAAAUGGCUAUCCGCCGGGAUCGCUGGCCUUCAGCAAAACGCCUUUUACAUGCAUCGCGCUCUCGAUUCGAACAAUUUGAAGGACGCACUGAAGUAUUCCGCACAGAUGCUUUCGGAGCUCCGGACUUCUAGGCUCUCCCCUCACAAAUACUACGAACUUUAUAUGCGGGCGUUUGAUGAACUGCGGAAAUUGGAAAUCUUCUUCAAGGAGGAGACUAACCGUGGGUGCUCCAUUGUCGAACUUUAUGAGCUAGUGCAGCACGCUGGCAACAUCCUACCGAGACUAUAUUUGCUCUGUACCGUGGGAUCUGUCUACAUAAAAUCAAAAGAAGCUCCGGCAAAGGAUGUUCUUAAAGAUCUCGUUGAAAUGUGUCGUGGCAUCCAGCAUCCUCUGCGCGGUCUCUUUCUGAGGAGUUACCUUUCUCAAGUCAGUAGGGAUAAACUGCCUGACAUUGGUUCUGAAUAUGAAGGGGAUGCUGAUACUGUCAUGGAUGCUGUCGAGUUUGUACUGCAAAAUUUCACAGAAAUGAAUAAACUUUGGGUUAGAAUGCAGCAUCAGGGACCUACUAGGGAAAAAGAGAAGAGAGAAAAAGAAAGGGGUGAACUUCGUGAUCUUGUCGGCAAGAAUCUUCAUGUUCUCAGCCAGAUUGAGGGGGUUGACCUUGAAAUGUACAAAGAAUUAGUUCUUCCCAGAGUAUUGGAGCAAGUUGUUAACUGCAAGGAUGAGCUCGCCCAAUAUUACUUGAUGGAUUGCAUAAUUCAAGUUUUCCCUGAUGAGUACCAUUUGCAGACUCUGGAAACAUUAUUGAAUGCUUGCCCUCAACUUCAGCCGUCUGUUGAUGUGAAAACAGUGCUUGCUCGUCUGAUGGAAAGGCUUUCAAAUUAUGCUGCUUCUGGUGCAGAAGUUUUACCUGAAUUUUUUCAAGUAGAAGCUUUUGCCAAGCUAAACAGUGCUAUAGGCAAGGUGAUAGAAGCACAAGAAAAUAUGCCUAUUGCUGGAGUGGUAACUUUGUAUGCAUCUCUUCUGACUUUCACUCUACAAGUACAUCCUGACCGGCUCGAUUAUGUUGACCAAAUUCUGGGAGCAUGCAUAAAAAAACUUUCAGGAAGAGAAAAGCUUGAUGAUAGCAAAGCAACAAAACAAAUUGUUGCCCUACUAAGUGCCCCACUAGAGAAAUAUAAAGAUAUAGACGUUGCGCUGAAGCUGUCGAAUUAUCCACAUGUUAUGGAGCAUCUAAAUGAUGAAACGAAAAAAGAAAUGGCCAGUGUUAUUAUACAAAAUAUAUUGAAAAACAAGGCUUGUAUUUCUACUGCUGAAAAGGUGGAUGCCUUGUUUGGAUUAAUAAAGGGGCUUGUAAGUGAAUCAGAUGAAGAUCUUCGUGAUGAGCUUGAUGAGGACUUCAAAGAAGAACAGAAUUCUGUUGCACGUCUUAUACAAGUGCUUCACAGUGAUGAUACUGAAGAGAUGUUGAAGAUCAUUGAUACUGUAAGGAAGCAUAUUUUGACUGGAGGACGUAAGAGACUUCCUCAUACUGUCCCUCCACUUAUAUUUAGUUCUCUAAAGCUUGUACGCAGACUGGAGGAUCAGAAUGAAAGUGAAUCUGAUGACAAGGAAUCAGCCACAUUAAAGAAGAUCUUUCAAAUAGUGACCCAGACCAUUGAUGCUUUGACGAGUAUUCCAGUACCUGAACUGGCUUUAGGAUUGUACCUGCAGUGUGCCGAGGCUGCAAAUAACUGUGACCUGGAACCUGUAGCAUACGAGUUUUUCACCCAAGCUUAUAUCUUGUAUGAAGAAGAAAUUACGGAUUCAAAAACUCAGGUCACCUCUAUACACCUAAUAAUAGGGACUCUUCAAAGGAUGCAUAUAUUCGGGGUCGAGAAUAGAGAUGCUUUGACACACAAAGCCACUGGGUAUUCUGCAAAGCUGUUGAAGAAGCCUGACCAAUGUAGAGCCGUUUAUGCAUGUUCACAUCUUUUCUGGCUUGAUGAACAUGACAGUAUCAGAGAUGGGGAGAGGGUCUUGCUGUGCUUAAAGCGUGCUCUGAGAAUUGCAAAUGCAGUCCAACAAAUGGCCAAUGCAACCAGAGGCAAUAGUGGAUCAGUCGUACUCCUUAUAGAGAUACUGAACAAGUAUCUUUAUUUCUACGAAAAGGGGGUCCCACAGAUCACUUUGGAGUCGAUCCAGAGCCUGAUUGAACUGAUCAAAACCGAGAUGCAGGGUGAUAAUGUGCCGUCAGAUCCAGCGGCAGAUGCUUUCCUGGCGAGUACAUCACGAUACAUACAGUCCCAGAAGGACAAAGGUGGUGCGGUGGGGGAGAAGUACAAGCUUAUAGUGAUCUGA